AUGGUUCAAAUACUUAGAAAUAAAGAAUUGUACUUUUAUCCUGUCCUCACUUCAAAUAAUAUAACUGAGAUUACAUCAUUAGAUUGUCAACGAACUAGGGAACAGUUGACAGGUGGUGUGGGGACUUAUUGUUCUAGUACUCCAAUAUGGGAGUAUACUUAUUCCCCAACGAAUUCACCCAAUGAUUAUCAUCAUAAUCAGUGGAAUCAAGCUGUAAUUUCUUUGGAUUUCGGCAAACAAUCGAUUGUAGAUUAUAAGUUUCUCUCUUGCUAUUAUUUCAGCUCUUGUGAAUUAGCUAAGCAUCAUCGUACUGGUGGUCUUGCAACUCUCUGUGCAAAUGAUCCUUUAUGGUAUUCAUCAAGUUCACCGUCAAAUCAUCAUCGUCAUCUUCCAGUGGUGGGUGAAUUAUCUUCACUAGGAUGGCAAAUGGUCUAUAUUUCAUUAGAUUCAAAUGAUUCAGAAAAGAAAGAUUAUAAGUGUUCUGCUGUCAUAAAUGCUUAUUGGUGUUGUGUUUGUGUGUAA